AUGGCCGCCGUCCCCCUCGGUGCCGGCGCCGGCGCGCCGCCCGCGCCGCCGCAGCUCGACUACCCGCCCCCCGGCACCGCUCUCGUCGAGGAGCUUGACAAGAAGCUGCUCAUCCAGCUGCGCGACGGCCGCAAGAUCAUCGGCGUGCUGCGCAGCUUUGACCAGUUUGCCAACCUCGUACUGGAGGAGGCCGUGGAGCGCAUCAUCGUCGGCGCCCAAUACAGCGACAUCCCCCUGGGCAUGUACCUGCUGCGCGGCGAGAACCUAGUGCUCAUGGGCCAGCUCGAUCCCAACCACGAGGCGCCGCCGGGCAUGCGGCUGGUGGCGGAGCCCGUCAUACGCGAGGCGCUGCGCGCGGAGCGGGAGGAGGCGCGGUUGAGAGGCACCAUGCGCGCGCGGUUCGACUUUUUGGAAAUGGAGUGA